AUGCAGAAAUGCCAUAAUUACCUAUUUUUCACAAAUUUUAAAAGAAGAAGAAAAAUAAUGAAAGAAUUAAACCAAAGAUUACAAACAACAACAAUUUUGGAUUUAAUUAUUAAAUUAUUUAUUUUUCCUAAUUUAAUUAUUGGGUUUUUAAGUAAUUUGUCAAUUGUUUCAGCGCAAUAUCCACAACAACAAGGAGCUGCCAUUUUACAUUCCAAUUGGCCCCAAUCUAGGUCCCAACAACAACAAACAAAUAAUAAUCGUCUUCCUUCUCGCCAAACAAAUUUAUUGCCAAAAAUUCCGAUAGCCAUUUCUCCAGGCAAAAAUCAUUUACAAGGAAUUCGUCGUUUACAAACAUUUUCACAAACAGAAGAACAAACACCAGAAUUUUUAAAUAGUUUAGAACAUAGACAUUUAAGGCAUAUUGCUUCUCAACCAAUACAACAAAAUAAAAAUUCUUUAGCCAAUAAUAGACCAACAAAUGUCAAAAAUGGGAGAAAAAUGACAACAAUGCUUCAGAAAGCUCGGAUUCCUCCAAAAAUUGCAUCCGCUAUAGAAGGGAAAGAAAUUAUGGCAAUGAGUUCUGCUGAAGCAGAGGAAUUAGCACUUAAACUUUUACAGGAGGCAGGUGUUGAACAUUCAUCUUCAUCCUCCUCUUCAUCGGAGGAGGAAGAAAGUGAAGAGCAAACAAUAACAACUAAAAGACCACCAAUAACAACAAUAAAACCAACAAAAAAAGAAAGAACUGAAAUACCCUCAUUUUCUAAUAAUUCUUUUGUAGCUGGAUCUUCCUCUCUAUUGCCUAUAAGAAAAUUUAGAUUGAUUCAACAACAACGUAAAAUACUAAGGGACAGUUUAAACAGAACAAAAUCAACUACAGAAAGUUCUACUACUACAACAACAACUACCACAACAACAUUAAUAACAACACCAACAACAGAAAAACAAACAAUUACUACACCUACAACAACAACAACAACUCAGUCAACCCCAAAAACAACAAUUAAAAUACCAAAUUCGUCUAUUCGCCCUCAGAGGAGAAAUGGUUUAAAUGUUCCAAGGGCUCGUAAAUUGACUGGUGGACAUAAUCGAAUUGGUUUGUUUAAGAACAGACUUUUACUUUAUCUUCUUUAUUGUUAUUUUGUAUUUACGUUCUCAUAA